AUGUAUGGUGGUGCUGGAGGCUCCCGGGUCCUCAUCUCCAGUGUGAGUGCUCCGAGAAGCUUCUCCUCUGCUGGUGCAGGGUUUUCUGCUGCAGGAGAUAGCUUCAACCUGAGUGAUGCCAUUGGUAUCUCCGACAAUUCAAAGAUGACCAUGCAAAACCUGAAUGACCGUCUGGGUACUUACCUGGAAAAGGUGCGCAAACUGGAGAAGAUCAACAGUGACUUGGAGCACAAGAUCAGAGAGUUCUUGGAUUGCAAGACCAAACAUGAGGGUCAGGAUUUCUCUGCAUAUGAGGCCAACAUCCAUGAUCUGCAAGACCAGAUAUUAGAUGCUACCCGUACAAAUGGAGCUCUCUACCUGGCAAUUGAUAAUGCCAAAUUGGCUGCUGAUGACUUCAAGGUCAAGUAUGAGAAUGAGCUGGCCAUGCGUCAGAGUGUGGAUGCUGACGCUGCAGGGCUGAAGAGGGUCCUGGAUGAACUGACUCUGGGAAGAUCUGAUUUGGAGAUGCAGAUUGAGGGCCUGAUGGAUGAACUCGCCCAACUUAAGAAGCACCAUGAGGAGGAUCUGUUGAAUCUGCGGGGGCAGAUGAGUGGUCAGGUGAACGUGGAGGUGGAUGCUGCUCCUCAGCAGGAUUUGUCUGCCAUCAUGGCUGGAAUCAGAGAACACUAUGAGACUGUUGCUACGAAAAACGGCAAAGAAUUGGAGGCUUGGUUCCAGGCCAAGUCUGAGUCACUCAAUAAGGAGGUUGCUGUGAGCACAGAAUCUCUUCAGUCAUCACAAUCUGAGGUCACAAUGGUGAAACGCUCACUGCAUGAUCUGGAGAUUGAGCUCCAGUCACAGCUCAGCAUGAAAGCAUCCCUGGAAGGAACCCUUGCUGAUACCCAGAACAAAUAUGCCAACAUGCUAGCAGGUUACCAGAGAAAUGUAACUGCUAUGGAAGACCAGCUGGGUCAGUUGAGAGCUGACCUGGAGCGUCAGAGACAUGAGUACCAGGUACUGCUGGACACUAAGACCAGGCUGGAGAAGGAGAUUACAGAGUACAGGAGGCUGAUCGAUGGAGAGCUGUCAAAAUAAGGUAACCAGUCCAUAAUGGGUCGAUACUGGGAUUUUAUCAGUAAAUGAUCGGUGUCAUACU